AACAGGUGCAAGGUGUGGUGCAUAUUUUCACGACAGGUGGAAUGUGGGUGGUUGUCAAAAUUAAAAAUCAAGGUUAUAAAUAAAUAAACGGUUUUUGUACCCUUUUUUCGGGGAUAAUGAAUUAAAUUUUUUUUUGAGAUCAUCAAACUUGCGUAAAAUCUAAUGAAAAAUGUGAUAUAUUUCGGUACAUAAUAGUUUUUACAUCAAAAAACGGCCUGAAGCUGAGUAUAUUAAAGAAUUCACCUGCCACUCCUAAAGUUCCAAAACGGAAAUGGACAACUCCUGGAUAAAAGUGCAAAAUAAGGACGGAAUGGCCUAUUAUAUCAAUGAACAUACAAAGGUCCAUCAGUGGAGUCAUCCAAAGUUUGCUGAUAUUCGCCAGAGGUUGGAUGAUUGCAACUAUGUAAAAUAUUCUAUGUAUAGAGUGGCUCUAAAAUUUAGGGUCCUUCAGAACGCCUUAUUCAUGGAUGAGGUCCCUUUAUCAGUGAUUAUAGGCGUAUUUUCAAGGCAUAGACUGGGUGUAAAUAAAGAUUCAUUACCCAUAAAGAACUGUGACUUGGAAGCAAUACUUUCGGACAUAUAUUUUGCCUCCAGUAAGAUCAAUCACACCAAUAUUGUUGUUGAUUUUGCUACAGAUCUCCUUAUGAACUUUUUAUAUGAUGUAUAUGACAAGGACAGGCAAGGCCUCAUUCAGGUAUCUUCAGUAAAACUAGCCUUAUACAUUUUGAGCAGCUGUCCAUUGAUAGAUCUCUACAAGUGGAUCUUUCAUCUGUAUGCAGAUCACAACUAUUGCUUAACCAGAGUGAAAUUGCAGAUGUUGUUGAAUAAUAUUACAGAAAUAAUGACAUAUCUACACGAGGAUAACAGCUAUGGUUCACAUUUGAUAGCUGAUACUAUUGAGGAUUGCUUCAAAAAUACGCCAGAUUCUGAAGGCAUAAGUGAAAGCGCUUUUAUAUCUUGGUUAGAGCAACAUCCCAAACUGUUCUCCUGGAUUCCACUGCUUCACAGAAUAAAAAAAGCAGAGCCUGUGAUCCACGGCCAGAAAUGCACCACCUGCAAAUCGAACCCGCUGAUCGGUCUCCGGUACAAAUGUACCAAAUGUCUUCGAUACACGCAAUGUCAACGUUGUUUUUUCGCUGGGCGCACCAGCAGAUCGCACAAGUUGACGCAUCCGAUGAGAGAGUACGCAACUGAAAUUGACGCAGGAGGCUACACGUUUAUUAAGAGGCUGUGUAGCUUGUUGUCGUGCUCGAGACGAGAAGAGGUCGUGGUUAUUGAGACGAAACCUUUAUGUGAUCAAAAUGCAAUAUCAAAAACCCAAUCCAAAGAAGUAUUGUGCAAUAUUCAACCCUUGUCUUCUCCAGAAAAUCAGCUUCAACUUGUAAUCAAACAACUUGAACUGCAAAAUAAAGAGUUACAGGAACUUAUUAGCUUGAGAGACAAGACUGAUAGGGAUAUCAGGCAGUAUUUGGAAGAUCAUCAUCUGCACAUUGCUGAUCAGAUACAAAAAUUGAAGAUUCUAAAGGAAUACCUAAAUGUACCUGCAAGUAACGCAAAACCGCAAGAGAGAGCCAGAAAGCAUAUUUCUGAAUCAACGCCAAUGGUUCAGGACUGUGGAAAAAAGAAAAGAGUUGUGGAACCAGGCAUUGAACUUUUCAGUCCGAUAGUUCCUGAAACGAAUAAUUUUGUGGCAAAUAAGGAUUUGGUAGAUUCUGUUAAAGAUAAUAGUCCAAGCGAGAAUUUUACUCUUGAUCAGAGUAGCAGAUAUUGUAUGGAUGAUACAAAUUGGAUCGCAGGACAAUCUGCAAUAACUUCAGCAGAACGUCCAGUAACUAACACUUGCGAUAGCAAAACAUCCGCGCAAAAAUUUCAGAAUGAUUUGGAUGAAGCCCUGGUUAAAUUGCAGCAAAUUUUGGCGAAUAAUUUCAGCUUAGACGAGUCUUUAGGGCCUGUAGAUAAUACGAAUUUGAAGUAUGCCGUUUCAGAAGUAGAAGGUAUGCUGACAUCGAUAAUAGACAAUGUAGAAAGCAGUAGAAGUUCGAUACGAUCCAAAGGUGGUGCUGCUAAAAUCAGGAACAACAAAAGUUCUCAGAAAUUGAUAGAGGACUCAAUGAAUGAAGAAGAAUUAUGGGUAUAAUGUGUAUCCAAAACAAAAAUAUCUUUUAUGCAUUCCUACAACUUUUUUGGAAAAUAUUUUUUCCUAAAAUAAGUUCGAACAAUUUUUAAAAAUCCUCUUCAAUCAUCAGCGUUCUGACGAGUUAUGAAAGAGCGAAAGUUUGUAGAGACAAUUUGUAUAAAGCUUAAAUGGACAAUGUGAUUCUUAUUAUUUAACACUCUUGUACAUGGAUAUUUUCUAUGUCUACUAACUUAGCUUGGUUCAUGUUUUUUCACAAAAAUAAUACCAUAAAGCUUCUUUUUAUAAAACCACUAUUUUAGUGUAAUUGAAAUUUUAAUUUUUUUAUUGCCCUUCUAGUAUACGAUUAACUGAUAAUAUUAAGUUUUCCUUGCAAUAUGGAAACACAUUUUUAAACGCUCUAUUUUUUUAACAAAGUGUAUAUAUGUUGAACCGUCUUCCUAUUUGUACUUAAGAUCAUAUUUUUAUAUUAGAAUAAUAUUUUAUACUGACUUACAUUUUUUAAUCGAAAUAAAACAAACA